AUGUCAGAAAACACGAGGCUGGUUUUCUUCACAAAUUCGCCAACUGCUGCCAAUUUCACUACAACCACUUCAUCUCCAGCGGCUCCGGAUCCACGAGAUGUUAUAAGAAAUGAGGUACAAAAGGCCAUCGAUCGAUUGGAAGGUCGUGGCGAAGACGUCGUGAAGCCGUCUCCGUUAGUGAACACGGAUGAGACCAAGGAUGAGAUGAUCUUCGAGCCGUCAUUUGAAACUCAAAUGAUGCGUUACCUCCUCUAUGCAGCUCCAGGAUUUGGUUGUCUCAUCGGCCUGAUUCCUGCCAUUUUUCUGGUGCGAUGUUGUGGGUCUCGUGGAACGUUGUCAGCAGCAUUGGUAAUGUCUGCGAUCCUCACAGCAAUGCUCCCAAUCCUGUCUCAAUUCGGAUUUCUGGCGUUGUUUCCUCUUCGCCUGCUGAUUGGUGUCAGUUUUGCACCCGCAUUACCUGUUGCUGGGGCGAUUUGUGCCAGUUGGGGAUGCCUGAACGAACAGCUUCUUUUCAUCGGAACCGUCUUCGCCUUCAUACAU